AUGGGGCGCCCAAAAGGCUCGGGAAAGUCGUUCGUCAAGUGGUGCAAUGAGAGCGGGCGGCGCGGGGCGAGGCUCCUCCUCGAGUGCAGGGAGAAGGACCCGAGUAAGUUCACGAAGGGGUCGAGCUACAAGGCGCUGUGGAAGUGCGCGGAGGAGAAGUGCCGGCAUAAGUGGCGUGCGACGGUGAACAGCCGCACGACGAGAGUCAGAUUCACCGGAUGUCCGAAGUGCGAGAAUCAAAUGCAGCACAGCAAGACCAAGAACUUCCUCGCGUGGUGCAACGCCAACGGUGAGCUCGGGAAGAGACUCCUCGAGGAGUUUUGCGAUACGGAGAAAAAGCCCGAGGAGCUUACGAAAGCGUCGCACUACAAGGCGACGUGGAAGUGUUCGACGUGUGCACACAAAUGGAGUGCGCAGGUGAGCAGCCGCACGAAGAGCGUCAACCCCAGCGGAUGUCAUAAGUGCGCGAAUCAAAUGCCGCUGAGUAAGACCUACAACUUCCUCGUGUGGUGCAACGCCAACGGCGAGCUCGGGAAGAGACUCCUCGAGGAGUUUUGCGACACGGAGAAAAAGCCCGAGGAACUGACGAAGGGGUCGAACUACAAGGCGAAGUGGAAGUGUCUAAAUAAGAUGUGCAGGCACGAGUGGAGUAUGUGUAUGUACAUCCGCACGAGGAGCGUCAAACCCGGCGGGUGCCCGAUGUGCCACGGAGGAGUCAGUGAGAGAAACCCGAAGCGUGAACGCGCUGCGUGA